GUCUCUAUCACUUUUUGUUCAAAUGUGAUAAGCAUUCUGCCGAGCCGCCUCGAUUUCCGAGAAGGAUAAUAGUCUUUUUUCUUUUUAGUGUUCAUAACGAAUAGUUUCAUAUCAACAUAUGAUAAUUAUUAGAAUAAAAAAUAGUCAGUUUUUUAGUUUUGCUAUCCAAUCAAGUUGAGAGCAUUAUUUUUUGUAAUGACUUCAAAAACAAUAAAACAAUGUAAAUUAAGAUUUAGCUAUCUUGGACAUAUGUUAAUUUUUGAUACUUUUUUCCUAUUAGCUACAAGAUUUCCAGCAGAGUCUCCUGAUAAUAGUAUACCUGGUGAUCAAGUGGGAGAUGAUAAAGCCAUUGUUGCCAUACACAUAUCAAAUUCAAGUGAUACAUCAAUUGUUUCAGAUGAAAAAUAUAUUGAAAAAAAUCAUAAAAAUCUUCUCCCUAGAGAAGUAUCAUCCGUUGCACCUACUGCUAAUGAGCCACGUGAAAAAUGGAGUGAACAAAUGGAUUUUCUCCUAUCGAUUAUUGGUUUUGCCGUUGACCUGGCAAAUAUUUGGCGUUUUCCUUAUCUUUGUUACAAAAAUGGCGGUGGUGCCUUUCUUAUACCUUAUGUUUUAUCCGUUAUUCUUGGUGGCAUGCCUCUGUUCUAUUUAGAACUUUUAUUAGGUCAAUAUUAUCGACAAGGAGCAAUUACUUGUUGGAGAAAAAUUUGCCCAUUAUUAGCAGGAAUUGGUUGGGCCGUGACUGUCAUUGCAUUUUAUACUGAUUUUUAUUACAAUGUUGUCAUAUCAUGGGGGCUCUAUUAUUUAUUUGCCUCAUUUUCGAAAAUGUUACCAUGGAGUAAAUGCAAUCAAAAGUGGAACACUCCCGACUGUUCUACGGUAAAUAGUCGACGAGACUUUCUUCAACAAUGUAUUAAUUCGAUGAAUAAUACAUUGAAUCAUUCAUUUGAUUUUAUUCCAAAUCAAACGUAUUCACUAACAGCAUUAAAUGAUCAACAUUCGUUUGAAGGCAAUAGAUUUUAUGAAAAUUGUUCAAGACAGUUAACUAAUAAACAAAUUGUUUCACCAGCUCAAGAAUAUUUUCAUUUACAAGUAUACCGCCUAGAUAAACACAGAGAGCUAAGUUUGACUAAUUUGGGUGGUAUUAACUGGCAAAAUGUUGGAUGUUUAGCUAUUAUAUAUUUAAUAUGUUUUUUCUCAAUGUGGAAAGGCAUCAAAACAUCAGGAAAAGUUGUCUGGUUUACAGCCUUAUUUCCCUAUGUUGUAUUGAUGAUAUUGAUGGUUCGUGGUCUCUUUUUAAAUGGUUCUAAAAAAGGUAUUGAAUACUAUAUUAAACCCGAUUUAAGUAAAUUAAAAGAUGCAUCAGUGUGGGUUGAUGCAGCAUCACAAACAUUCUUUUCAUUGGGACCCGGUUUUGGUGUACUAAUGGCAUUUGCAAGUUAUAAUGAUUUUCAUCACAAUGGUUAUAUGAGUGAAAUAUCUGGUAGAGCAAUCAAAGAUGUAGCAGAACAAGGCUCUACGUUAGUAUUUAUUGUCUAUCCUGAAGCUAUUGCCACCAUGCCGUUUGCUCCAGUUUGGGCAGUAUUCUUCUUCUUGAUGUUAUUGACACUCGGUCUCGAUAGUUCGUUCGGUGGUUCAGAAGCAAUUAUAACAGCAUUAAGUGAUGAAUAUCCAAUUUUACGUAAACAUCGAGAAUGGUUUGUGGGUGGAUUAUUUCUAUUUUAUUUUCUUAUUGGAAUACCAAGUUGUACAGAUGCUGGAGUCUAUUUCGUAGAACUUUUACAGAAUUAUGCUGCAUUUUUCUCCAUAAUAAUUGCAGUAUUUUUUGAAGCAAUUGCUGUCUCUUGGAUUUAUGGUAAGAAAUAUUCUUAUAUUCUAAUAUUAGAAGGCGUUAUUAUCUCAGGAUUAAUUCAAAAUGUAUCACCAACAUAUGGAAAAUUAACUGAUCCAUUCUAUUAUCAGUAUCCAGAUUGGUCUCAUUAUUUAGGUUGGAUAUUUGCCUUAUCAUCAGUUAUAUUUAUUCCGGCUGUAGUGGUUUAUCAACUUCUCAUUACAACUGGAUCAUUGCGAAGACGUAUUCGUAUAGGUAUAACACCGUGGAAAGAACGUCAACAAUGUUUAAAUUCUGAUAUAUUAAUCUAUCAAUAUGAAUUUAAAACUGAAGUGUGUCUACCGAAUGACUGUCGUGGUGGAGAUUGUGAAAUAAUACGCUAUCAAAAUGGAUCUCCAUGUUGGGCGGGAGGAACAUGUGUUGAUGUUGCAAAUUUGGAUUAUGUUUGCCUAUGUCCACCAAAUUAUACUGGAAAAGAUUGUCGUACAUUAUUAGCUUGUAAUGAUUAUGCAUGUCAUAAUGGUGGAACAUGUAUUCAGACAGCCUAUGGUACACGAUGUAAUUGUAAAGAACAUGUGACCGGUGAUUAUUGUCAACAUAUAACUAAUGAUAGUUUUAAAGUAUAUCAAUAUGGUGUUGAACCAUCAAAUAUUAUUGGUUAUAAACAGUUAGAUCCGGCAACAUUGGUGGCCAUUGCUGGUAAUCAAGCAUCAAUGAACAAUCAACAACGAUCACAAUUCGUUUUUUGUUUAACAAAUCCAUGUGAAAAUGAUGGAACGUGUUUUGUUACAAAUACUGCAACGACAAAAGGUAUAUGCGUUUGUCGACAAGGCUAUGUUGGAGAUUAUUGUGAAAAUCCUAUUGUAAAUUCAUCAUCAACAACUGUCAUUCAGUCACGAGCCGGUUAUUGUUCAUCGAACCCAUGUUUGAACGAUGGAUCAUGUGUUGAAACUGGUUCAGCACAAGGUUAUUGUCAUUGUACUCCCGAAUAUCGUGGAGCGUAUUGUGAACUAUCCGUAAGAGCAGUCAGCUGUUUACCAAACCCUUGUAAAAAUGGUGGAACAUGCAUUGUAUUAGAUAAUAAUCAAGCUCAUUGUCUUUGUACACCGGUAUUUCGUGGCUUAACGUGUAAUCAAUUCAGUUACGUACCAUGCGGAGAAGCUACAUGUCACGGGACACAAGGUGUGUGCGUUGCAAAUUAUUGCAUCUGUAAAGCCGGUUAUGCUGGUCCUCGAUGUGAUAGUACGGAUUUUUGUACAGCAUUUCCAUGUCAAAACGGAGGUACGUGUGUUCGAACGAAUGAAGAACCAUAUGGCGGAUGUAGUUGUCCAGCCGGCUUCUCCGGUCCCACAUGUAGUAAUGAUCCAUGCAAUCCCAGUCCAUGUUUAAACGGAGGGUAUUGUGUACGAAAACCGGAUAAUCAAUUUUAUUGUCAAUGUCGAAGUAAAAACAAGGGAGUCUAUUGUGAACAGGUAGAAUGUUUUCCAUCAGAUGCUCUAGUCGAGUUGAAGAAUGGUGAUUAUGUACAAAUGCACAAUGUGAAAAUUAACUCAUUAGUAAAAGUAAUUAAUAAUGACAAUCAAUUAUCUUAUUCACCCAUAGUUGCAUUUCUUCACUAUGAUUCUCAAACAAGAGCGUUAUACAAACAAAUUCAUACAGAAUCAAAUACGAUCAUUGAAUUAUCAUCAUUACAUUUAAUACGAAGAAAACAAAAAAAUAAUUUACUAAUAGAUGAAUUUGUAUGGGCAAAAAAAGUGGUACCCAAUGAUCAAAUACUUGUCGUUAAACAGAAUAAUAAUACAAUUGUUUGGGAAAAAGUUAUGUUUAUAAAAGAUGUAUGGAAACAAGGUUUAAUGGCACCGUUAACAGAUCAAGGUACAAUUGUUGUUAAUAAUGUUCACGCAUCUUGUUAUGCAUUAGUCAAAAGUCAUACAGUCGGGCAUAUUGCAUUAACACCAUAUCGUUUAUAUAAAAGAUUCAUUCAUUCUAUUCCAAAAGAUUCAACAACAACAUCAAUUUUAUCUUAUGCUGAUAUCUUAUUUCAUAUUUUCAAAAAUAUUCCAAAACGUGAUCUUUUGAGCAGUUUGCUUGAGACCAGUUUAUCUCGUGGUAUAUUUAAUGACGAGUCAUCGAAUACGUCACCAUCUGAAAGUUCAAAAAUUCAUCAGUUGUUAAAAAAUCCAUUUGUUAUCAGUUCGUUGAGUGCAGCUGUUGGUAUACUUGUUCAAAAAGCAUUAACAUCCCAAAAUAUGGACAAGAAUAGUGUAUGUGAUAAUAAUUAUGUAAAAAUGGCAACAAUGGUCAUGAGUAAUAAUUCACACUUGAAACAAUUGGUAGAAAUGUUAGGAUGCACAGAUACUAGCAAGGAAAAACAUAAUAAAAAGCCGACAAAAACAUCAAAUGAUGAUGAUGAUGAUGAUGAUGAUGAUGAAUCAGAAACAAUGGAUCAUACUGAACAAUCUAGUAAUAGUCACCAUGAAGAAUCCAAUAAACUUCAAGAGGUUAUGAAUAUUUUUAAGGAUGAAAAUGGUUCGGCACGAAAAGCUAUUAAAAAUCUUUUUGGUUUAAGCAACAACGAUGAACAUAUCAAAACUGAUACAAAAUGA